CUUCCCUUAAACACAUCAACUCGCCAUAGACGCUCUUCUAACCUACGACUUUCAUAACAUAACAUCACUUCGUGAAAGUUGUGUCGAGUCGAGUCGUCUAGCCUUUGAUAGAGCUGUCGUCUGGUUGCCCGUUCAAGGCGUAUUUCUUUCUUCUAUCAGCAGACAUUGGUCGCAUUUCUUACUUGCAUUCAUUCGCACUUGGUGCUGUGCUGCACACCGAGUCGCAACAUUCCUCUGCUUCAUUUCCUUGUGUAUAGUUGACUCGCAUACCAAUGCGUUGAUAGUCGCUUGCUUCAACUUGCGACAACAUUACCCAUCACUACUGUAGCAUGGCUACUGAAUCGGUAUGUAGACCGCGCCACUCGCCCUGAUUCUCGGGCAAAAUGUCUCUGACUAAAUCUCAGGUGCACCCCUUGCGAAUCAACAAGACAACUACACCAACCAAAGGUCCAUCCAUCAUGGCGAGUGGAAUCCCUCGCCCGCUGUCGGAGCUCUCACCGACAGAGAUGAGAAGAAACUCUCCCAGCUGGCAUAGACAAUCUACUGGUUCUCCCAAGGUACGUCGGCUGACCGCCAGCUCAUGUUUGGCCUUCUGUAUUGAUAGCAUGCAGAAGUCCCCCGGAAAUCCCGACUCGUCACCAUUCCAGCCUUCACCUGUGGAAUCAGUGACAUCUCCUCGUUUGUUUUGGCAAAACCGCAACUCUGAAAACCUGUACGGAUCUGGGUCACCAUCACCAAACCGCCGCUCUUCGAUUGAGCGUCUUCAGAAAGCAUCUCGAGUGAGGAACAGCAACAUCCUUGCACUCGAACAGAAGCAGGAAUAUGAUCCCACUCGAAUCCCUCAGAUCGAAAGACCCCUCGCUAAGGUCCAAGGGAACGCCUUUGGGUCGACUGGAUCCUUCCGCUCCUCGACUAUCGAGCGCCCAAUCUUUGGUCAUUCUCGAAGUGACAGCGCGAUGACUAUUCCCGCCGUCAGUCCAAAGUCGUCUACUCAGGCAGCCGGCUCACCGAAUCGUCCUCUGACGCCCAGCCGAGAUCAAGUGUCGCCUACAAAGUCCUCCCUUUCACACUCAAGGUUCAAGAACAGCUUUGACAUGGAGACAAACACUUGGUCAUUUGGCUCACCCGAAGAGGACGAUGAUCAUCCAAUGGGACGUCGUCAUGCAAAAAGUGUGACUUUUGAUGCCGCGCCUCCUCAGAUCAACGAAUAUGAGAUGGCAACUCCUGACCUGUCUUCUAUUGGCACCAACUCUCGUGAGGGUAGCUAUGAGUCAAUCGAGUAUGAUGAGGAUGAUGAUGACGUCCUCUAUGAUCCUGGCCGUGUCGAUCUUGAGGGCGAUAGCUUUGACGCUUCUCUGGAAGACACAGACAAAACUCCUGUUGUUGGACCUGAUGAUUGGAGAGGUGAUAGCCCCAUGGUGAACCGCAAUGGGCCCCGCGAGUAUAGUGACAGUCCCAUGCCUGAGAGUACACCUUCUGCUGCCACGGCUGGUCGUCCUUUGCACAUUCGAAGUGACUCCACAGCUUCAAAUGGGGAGCAUCGACCUCUGCCACCUCUUCCCGGUUUUAUGAGUCAUUCCCGCAACAACUCUGCACCCUCUUCACCUGCAUCGCCAAGUCUGUCAGCAACCGCAGAACGAAUGCUUGGGUCUAACAGAAACCUCCCUUCUCCUCCUCAAGCCUCUGCCACAAGCAAGUCAGACAUCCAUAGCAUUGGCAACGCCAAGAUGUCGCUUGAGGAGCGAUUGAGACUCAUGAUGUUGUCAGAUGAUGGCGAUGGCAAGACAGCAGCUGAGCAGCAGCGUGAGCGUCGCCUUCGUAGAGCUAAUGGCCGCGAACGAUUGAGUAGCCCAAUUUCCGAGCCUGAGUCAACAACCAGCUUCAACGAUGCUCUUCAAGAACAGGAUGACGUUGUUGGCGACAUGUCGGCUCUUGAUGAUUAUCAAUUACCUCCUCGUAUUUCCCGGGACUCCAUCAUGCGAAAGGUCAACGGUAACAACAAAGCAUCCGAUCAAGAAAAGGAUUGCAUCUUCUCUUCCCCUCCUACCUCAAGAAGCCCAAGCAGAAGCCCUGAAAGGCAGGUUCCUGCGGACCCUGAUGUGCCUAUUCCGUCUACCGAAGACUCUUUGCACGAUAUGUCAGAUGAUGAGGAAGAAGAGGAAGAGGAAGGUAGUGUCAUCAUCAGAAGAAUGCCUGAGAACGAGAUUGAGUUUUACGAGGACUCAGACGUCGACUUCGAUGAAGAGGAGUCCAAGCUGGAGCUACCAGCUGACAGUGAUAGUGAAAGUCACUAUUCGUCGCAGGAGCCUACACCGGCACAAGCCAAACCUGAAAAAGUCCAAGAGGAGGCAAGAAAGGAAAGUCCAGAGCUCGCCGACCUCCGAGAGGAGGUCAUGACACCUAGACCUACUCAUACACAAAACCAGAGCGUAUCAUCAUUGCCAGACUUUGCUUCUGGUGACAAAGAUGCCUCCUUCUCGCGAGAUUUUGAGUCUUACAUGCUCCCCGAGCCUGAGGAGCCUGAGGUAGUUGAAGAGCCCGUGAAAGAAGCCAAGGAGCCUGAAGCUCUCAAAAUGGCUGAUGCUCAUGCUUACCUUCAGCGCCCAUUCACUCCUGAGCAUCUCUCCAAGCCUGAGUACGAUGGUACUGGAUGGGGUGAUCCUGAAGACGAAUAUGAGGAUGACUGCCCCAGUACACCAGACUCGGUUAUUCAUCACCCAGUUCCCGUCCGUGUGGAAGAACCUGAGCAAGCCGCUAUCCCCGAGCGAUCUGCCACCAUCAAGGCCCCGGGUUCAAAACUUAAGACUCGUUUGUCAAACACUCCCUCAGACAUUAGUGCGAUGCGAGAGGCUCGCCGACAAGUGAGCAUGGAGGUGCCUGAUGUCCCGCCGAUUCCCGACAAGCAUAGCAAGCGCCUCUCGAAGGACAAUAAUGGACUCUUGCUCACUGGUGACGAAUUCAUCAACCGACAUCCUAGCUUCAAGAACCGCAGCUUGACAUUGGAUCUUGACUUAGGUCUCAGCCUCGACCAAGACUUUGAGCGAGUCAUCGAGGCGCAAAAGCGCGGUUAUCUUAUGCGACAAAACACGAAAGUUGUUACCGCCAGUGACAAGGAUACCGAAGAAUUUCGAGUUGCCAGAUCCGUCGGAAAUUCUCCUGUCAAGGAGGAUAGGCCCAUGUCAUGCAUUGUCGAGCCAUGGAACGGUAAGCCUCGCCAGAGAAGCGUGCGGAAGCGUGUUGGCGGCAGCACUGGGCCUGUGCCCCCCAUGCCCGGUCAAGAAAGUAACGCAACAGCCGUCAGUCAUACUCCUAUCGACGAGGACCUGACCCUUGAAAUGGCUACACCAGAAAGCGGAGAGAGAGGCCGGCUAUUCGUCAAGGUCAUGGGUGUCAAGGAUCUUGACCUGCCUCUUCCAAGAAAUGAGCGAACUUGGUUCAGUCUCACCCUCGAUAAUGGUGUACAUUGUGUGACUACAGCAUGGCUUGAGCUAGCACGCAAUGCCCCAAUUGGCCAGGAGUUUGAACUCGUCGUGCCUAAUGACCUCGAGUUUCAACUGACCCUCAACGUUAAGCUCGAGAAACCCGUUGAGCGUGCCAAGCCGCCGCCACCUACAGUCAAGACCCAUAAGCACAAAACCUCGACCUUCAGCAGGGUAUUCGCAUCACCAAAGAAACGCAAAGAAUUGGAGCUCCGCCAGCGGGAAGAAGAGGAGCGAGCUGUACAGCAACAAAAAGACGCCCAGGCCAAGCAGCGCACCGGACCUCCCACAGCUUACGAGCUUCUAUCCCCUCUGGCUGCGGAGGACGGUAGCUUCGGUCGCGCCUAUGUUUGUCUUCGGGAACAUGAGAGUCGGUGCUUUGGUCGACCUUAUAUGGCCGAGGUUGCCUGUUUCAAUGAAUGGGCCACGGAAGAGGCUGGAUUUGCGUCCAGUGUCAAAAGCAAGCGUGGCAACACGGCCGUUGUCCGACGUGCACCCUACAAGGUGGGCAAGUUGGAGCUCCAGCUCCUCUUUGUUCCUCGCCCUAAGAAUGCUACGGACGACGAUAUGCCCAAAAGUAUGAACUCAUGCAUUCGGGAACUCAAGGCAGCAGAGGAGAGAAUGUCGCGCAACUGGGAGGGUCACCUCAGUCAACAAGGUGGUGAUUGUCCUUACUGGCGUCGCAGGUAUUUCAAGCUUGUGGGCACCAAGCUCACUGCUUAUCAUGAGGCAACUCGUCAACCUCGAGCUACUAUUAACCUGGCCAACGCCAAACGGCUAAUUGACGAUCGCCGAGCGUUGACAGAAAAGGAGACCACUGGCAGGGGGGGCCGACGACGUCGAUCUGCUUUUGCGGAAGAUGAAGAAGGUUACAUGUUUGUCGAGGAAGGAUUCCGUAUUCGAUUCAACAACGGUGAACUUAUCGACUUCUACGCAGACACAGCUGCAGACAAGGAAGGCUGGAUGAAGGUCCUCACCGACGUUGUUGGGCGUGACAAUCCAGAUGAUGAUUCUUCAAAUCAGCGAGCAAAGGCCAAGUGGUGUCAGUUGGUCCUUCGACGAGAAGAGCAACUACGUCGCCGAGCAUCAGGUCGCCGAGUGAACUCACGGCCUAAGAGUAUGUUCCUCUAAGACACGAUGUGGCUUGGACAAGCUGUUAUGACGGAGACGAAAAUGAGACAAGGUGCUGGACGCCGUAACACUACUACCUGGACCAGGCGUUCAGGACCAGCAGGAUAUCCGUGAUAGAUGUCUCUGUUCUCCAUUCUUCUGGCAUUGGUUUAUAUGGUUGACGGUUGAUGGGAUACUACGUUGAUGUUGUAAUAUGAUUGGAGUUGGGAGGGCUGUUGUAUCCUUGACUGAGGAAAUUGGGAGCAUUGGCCGUUUAUGCACUUACAAGGCGUCGGCAAGGACAUGGCUUAUUAUUGUUUCACUUGUUUCUCGGGGUAAUAGGCGCUUGCGCGCCAAGGGAUUUCAGUUUAUAGCAUGGGAUUAUAAUGAUCGUCUAAAAUGUCACUAAGUGUAAGAGAAGUACUUUGCUAGGUUUUUUCAUGGUGAUGUUGUAGAUGAUGGCACGUGACAACCCACGAACAACACGUAUUCAUGUUCAUGCGAGCGAUGUUGAGUGG